UUGGGCAGCAAAGCCAUCUCCUUUGGGGCAUGCCUAACACAGAUGAAUUUCAUGAUUGCCUUUGCUAACACAGAUAGCUAUAUCUUGGCUGUGAUGGCAUAUGAUCGUGCUGUGGCCAUCAGCUGCCCUCUUCAUUACACAACAAUUAUCAGCCCAAGGUGUUGUGUCCUGUUUGUUGCAGGGUCUUGGGUGAUUGGAAUUGCCAAUUCCCUCCCCCACACUCUGUUUACAGCUAAUCUGUCCUUCUGUGGCAACCAUGAAGUGGCCAAUUUCUACUGUGACAUUUCCUCUUUGCUCAAGUUGUCCUGUUCUGAUAUUAAUUUAAAUGUGAAAAUGAUGUAUGUAGGUGUUGGUUUUUUCUGUGCACCAUUAAUAGGCAUCAUUAUUUCCUAUAUUCAAGUCUUUGCCACUGUCUUACGGGUUCCAUCCACCAAGGGCAUGCUCAAAGCCUUCUCUACCUGUGGCUCCCACCUCACAGUUGUUUCUUUGUAUUAUGGGACAGUGAUGGGCAUGUAUUUCCGCCCUCUGACCAGUUACAGCCUAAAAGAUGGAGUGAUAACUGCAAUGUACACAGCAGUGACCCCAUUGUUAAAUCCUUUCAUCUACAGUCUGAGAAACCGGGACAUGAAGGCUGCCUUGAGGAAACUCUUCAGCAAGAAUAUUUCCUGA